AUGCCCAAAGACUCCGCCUUCCCAAGAGCCCCUGCGGCCGGGCGCGAAGAUGGCGGCGGCGGCGACGGCCGGGCGCUCCUGAAGCAGCAGUUAUGGAGCUUCCCUCAGGGCCGGGGCCGGAGCGGCUCUUUGACUCGCACCGGCUCCCGGGUGACUGCUUCCUGCUGCUCGCGCUGCUGCUCUACGCGCCAGUCGGGUUCUGCCUCCUCGUCCUGCGCCUCUUUCUCGGGAUCCACGUCUUCCUGGUCAGCUGCGCGCUGCCAGACAGCGUCCUUCGCAGGUUCCGACGCGGGCGUUCGGGGAGUGUCAGAGCUGGGUCUGGCCCGAGGCCACACAGUCACCACCUCCUGUGUCCCCAGAUUCGUAGUGCGGACCAUGUGUGCGGUGCUAGGGCUCGUGGCCCGGCAGGAGGACUCCGGACUCCGGGAUCACAGUGUCAGGGUCCUCAUUUCCAACCAUGUGACACCUUUCGACCACAACAUAGUCAAUUUGCUUACCACCUGUAGCACCCCUCUACUCAAUAGUCCCCCCAGCUUUGUGUGCUGGUCUCGGGGCUUCAUGGAGAUGAAUGGGCGGGGGGAGUUGGUGGAGUCACUCAAGAGAUUCUGUGCUUCCACGAGGCUUCCUCCCACUCCUCUGCUGCUAUUCCCUGAGGAAGAGGCCACCAAUGGCCGGGAGGGGCUCCUGCGCUUCAGUUCCUGGCCAUUUUCUAUCCAAGAUGUGGUACAACCUCUUACCCUGCAAGUUCAGAGACCCCUGGUCUCUGUGACGGUGUCAGAUGCCUCCUGGGUCUCAGAACUGCUGUGGUCACUUUUCGUCCCUUUCACGGUGUAUCAAGUAAGGUGGCUUCGUCCUGUUCAUCGCCAACUAGGGGAAGCGAAUGAGGAGUUUGCACUCCGUGUACAACAGCUGGUGGCCAAGGAAUUGGGCCAGACAGGGACACGGCUCACUCCAGCUGACAAAGCAGAGCACAUGAAGCGACAAAGACACCCCAGAUUGCGCCCCCAGUCAGCCCAGUCUUCUUUCCCUCCCUCCCCUGGUCCUUGUCCUGAUGUGCAACUGGCAACUCUGGCUCAGAGAGUCAAGGAAGUUUUGCCCCAUGUGCCAUUGGGUGUCAUCCAGAGAGACCUGGCCAAGACUGGCUGUGUAGACUUGACUAUCACUAAUCUGCUUGAGGGGGCCGUAGCUUUCAUGCCUGAAGACAUCACCAAGGGAACUCAGUCCCUACCCACAGCCUCUGCCUCCAAGUUUCCCAGCUCUGGCCCGGUGACCCCUCAGCCAACAGCCCUAACAUUUGCCAAGUCUUCUUGGGCCCGGCAGGAGAGCCUGCAGGAGCGCAAGCAAGCACUAUAUGAAUACGCAAGAAGGAGAUUCACAGAGAGACGAGCCCAGGAGGCUGACUGAGCUCAAAGGAACAGGAUGGCACCCAGAGCCGCAGGACGGAGACUGGGGGCAGCCCUCACCCAACUCACAACAGGCUGGAUGGGUGGGUGGUAAAAAGGGAAGGAUGAGGCUCCCCCAAUGUCACAUUAAAUUCAUGGUUUUCAUUCAA